AUGGCGACUUUUCCCGCCAAAGCCGCGAAGAGUGACCAGAAGUUCGGGAAGGCGGUCAAGAUGGUGCUGUGGAGCGAGAAGCCGAGACAACAGAAGAGGGAUGAGACGAGAGACAGCAUCUUCGUCCGCUACUGUGACAACACUUCCGUCCAUGGCAUUCGAUAUCUAUCGGAGAAGGGAUUACAUUGGACUGAGAGAUUGACCUGGGGAAUAAUUGUCGGCAUGGCUACUUUUGGUGUUAUCUACGUCUCCAUCUUGCUCUCGGAGAAAUACCAGACCAGCCCUCUGUCAACUGUUGUGGAGGACACAAACUUUCACAUCAGCGAAAUUCCCUUUCCGGGCAUUGCAAUCUGCAACAGUCAUAGGAUCAACACCCGGAAAGUUGACGACGCCAUCAAGAGAUACUUGCCUAACGGAACCAAGGAAGACAUUUUAACUUUCGAACUCCUCUUAAAUGCUCUGGAAAUUCUGGACUUCGGAUCUUACGAGGAAUUUGAGUCGUUACUACCCAGAAACAUAUCAAAUCUCAUGGGAAUCAACAUAACGAAGCUGAUUAUAGAAUUGCGCUACACUUGCCAGGAUCUGUUUAAGGAGUGCUGGUGGCGAAGCAAAUCCAUUCCUUGCUGUGACAUCUUCAAGAUGGAUGAGGAGUUGAAGCUGUGGCGCACGACGAGCUACAACGAAUGGAGCGGAUUUCGAGGAGUUAUCCAAUCUUAUCAUGGUCGCGUGCGAAGGUAUACAUAUCCAGUUGGAGUUCUGGUAAUAGUCCAUCAUCCGUACGAGUGGCCACAGCAGGCGAAGUUUAUACCUGAGGGAACGAGCGUGUCCAUUGGCAUUCAGCCCACAGCAUUUUAUGCAUCAUCUGAUGUAAGAAGAUUAACGUCCACUGAGCGUCAAUGUAUUUACAAAGAGGACAUUUCCCAUCGGGAGGAGAUUAUGAAGCUGCGAGCGCUUCCAUAUCUGCGAGCCAAUUGCAUGUCAGAAUGUCGACAGCGCGCAAUGAUGGCGUACUGCAACUGCACUCUCGACUUCUUCUACCCAUCCGGUAUUUACGCGCCCUGCAAUAUUGGCGGUCUCGUGUGCCUCAAUCGAUACAACGAGUGCUCAAGAAUCGACUACAGUGUGGAAUUGUUUGAGAAUUUGGGCAUGGAGACCACCGACAAUUCCGUGGCUCUGGAUAUACACUUCAAGUCCUCCACGAUGCUGCGGUACAGGACGGAUGUGACAUUCGGGUGGCUGGACUUAAUGGUUGCAUUCGGCGGAAUUGCCGGUCUCUUUCUCGGCUGUUCGCUGCUUAGUGGAGCAGAAUUAGUUUAUUAUCUUACAAUUGGCUUAUUUUGGCACAACACCAACCCUCAGCAACACCGUCCGCCCCAGCACGCCCAGAGGCCCAGAAUUAAUACCAUUUCUCAUGGCAUUGAGCAUGUCCAGCAACAGUGGAGAUUGGCCAAGGGGAACAUGUUUAUUGUGGAGGCGAGCUAUUUUCAAUCCGCCAAAUAG